UGUGUGCUCCUUCUCUGUCUCUCCGCCCUCUGUCACACACAAAGCCACUCCUUCUGAUUUCAGAGAAAGCGGAACUCUCUCUCUCUCUCUCUCUCUCUCUCUCUCUGUCUCUUGCUCUCUGAAGUUCCUCUUUCUCUCUCUUUCUCUGUCUGUCUGUCAGUGUGUGAGUGCUGGAAAAUGACCGAGGCCAGUAUUUCAGUAGAUCAGGACCGGUUCAUCUGUCCAGUGUGUCUGGAUCUCCUGAAGGAUCCGGUGACGAUCCCCUGUGGUCACAGUUUCUGUAAGGUGUGUAUUAAUGACUGCUGGGAUCAGGAAGAUAAGAGCGGAGUGUAUCGCUGUCCUCAGUGCAGAGACACUUUCACUCCGAGGCCUGUUCUACGCAGAAACAACAUGCUGGCUGAAGUGGUGGAGAAACUGAAGAAGACUGAAGUCCAAGCUGCUUCUCCUGCUCACUGUUACGCUGGACCUGGAGAUGUGGAGUGUGAUUUCUGCACCGUGAGAAAACGCAAAGCCGUCAAGUCCUGUCUGAUGUGUCUGGCUUCCUCUUGCGAAACUCAUCUGAAACCUCACUAUGAAGUUCCUGCUUUGAAAAAGCACAAGCUGGUUGAAGCCAUAACACAGCUAAAUGCGAACAUCUGCUCCCAACACGACAGACUGAUCGACAUCUACUGUCAUACUGACAAACGCUGCAUCUGUUAUAUCUGCACUGUAGAUGGACACAAAGGUCAUGACACCGUCCCAGCCGCAGUGGAACGAUCUAAGAAGCAGUAUGAGGUAACAGAAGUGCAGAGGAAAUCCCAGCAGAGAAUCCGUGAGAAGCAGAAGAAGGUGCAGGAGCUGAAACAGGCUGUGAACACUAUAAAGUCACGUGCACAGACAGCAGUGGAGGACAGUGAGAUAAUCUUUACUGAGAUGAUCAGGUCCAUGGAGAAAAGGCGCUCGGAGGUGACGGAGCGGAUCAGAGCUCAGGAGAAGGCUGAACUGAGUCGAGCUGAACGACUCCUGAAGCAACUGGAGCAGGAGAUCGCUGAUCUUCAGAGAAGAGACACUGAGCUGGAGCAGCUUUCACACACACACGAUCACAUCCAGUUCUUCCAGUGUUUCCAGUCCCUCUGUGACCCUUCUGGAUGUAAAGAGUCACACAGAUUUACCGUCAAUCAUCAGCUCUCAUUUGAGAGAGUAAAAAAUUCUCUGUUUUGUCUGAAAAAACAACUUGAGGAAUUCUGCAAUAGUGAAUUCAACAAAAUCCAUCCACAUGUUGCAGCAGUUCAGCUGAUUUUACACUCAGAGCCAAGGACCAGAGACGAGUUUAUGAACCAUUUCUGUAGUCUGACUCUGGAUCCAUACACAGCACAUCGUAACCUCCUUCUGUCUGAGAAAAACACCGUCGUCACAGGCUGUGAGACAGAACAGCCGUGCUAUCUACGUUCCUCAGAGAGAUAUUACUGCGGUUUAGAUAUGCCUUCAGAGAGAUUUGACUACUACUGGCAGGUGUUGUGUAAUGAAAGUCUCAGGGAUUGCUGUUACUGGGAGGUGGAGCGGGUCAAUGAGGGAUAUUUAGAAAUAUCAGUCUCGUAUAAAGACAUCAGCAGGACAGGAGAUGGUAAAGAGUGUGGGUUUGGAUUCAACGACCGGUCCUGGAGUCUGGUGUGUUCUUCUUCCACUUGCUAUUUCUGUCACAAGAACAAGAAGACUGAGCUCAAAGUCCGAUCACCUUCUAAAGUAGGAGUGUAUGUCGAUAGUCGUGCAGGAAUCCUGUCCUUCUACAACGUCUGUGGCACGAUGACACUUCUCUACAGAACUCGCACCAAAUUCUCUCAGCCGCUAUACGCCGGCUUCAGGGUUGGUUUGAAAUCAACCAUGAAGUUAUGUAAUCAGUCUUGUUACUACUGGGACCAGAUUUCCAUUUUUAAUCCAUUUGAUCCAUUUUUACAGUUAACCAGCGCGUCCAUGUUUCAAACAUUGUAUUCAUGAAUUAAGUAUUACAUCUAUUUGAAUAAAUGUAUAACCCAUCGAAAGGAGCUACAUAUUCGCGUCAAUAAAUACAAACGACGAAUUAAACAUACACAUAUUUAUAGAAAUUCUUAAUCUCGUGAGAAUCCUGACCAAACAGCGACACGAAGCAUUUCCUGGUCACUAACUUCCACAGUUUAAUGAGUAGAAUUGAACAGAAUAUUUGUAUAAGCCGUUAAAAAAAAAAAAAAAACACUUCGAGACAUGCUGUUAUAGAAAACGAUGGCGUGGACUGAUGGAGUGGAGAACUACCCUGAAGUUGAUGACUUUCCUAUAACAGCACGUCCAUGAGUAUUUUAUUCCUCAUAUUCAAAUGUUUUCAUGUUUGCUUGUUACUGAGAAAGUGUAAUUGUUUCUGUCCUGACACUGGAGACUCCUUCCACAAAUAAACGUCUAACCAUAACAACAAUUUCUAUUUUUACUUUAUUAUUAUUAUUAUUAUUAUUAUUAUUAUUAUUAGGUUUAAAUGACGUGAGCAUCCCCAUGAAUGAGCUAUCAGUACAGAAACAAUAACAUAUUAGGAUAAGCACGUCAACACCUUCUGACCAAUCACAGCCCACAAUUCAACAGCGCUGCGGUAUAAAGCCUUUUAUUUAAUUUAUUCAUUUAUUUUUACAAUAUAAAUGGUCUCAAAGCUGCUUUAAAGACAUUUAUACUCCACGGUGCAUAUGAUGGUCACAGUGACAGACAAAAAAUAGCUGUAAAUAUGUAUAGCGGUUUCUAUCAAACAAACCGGAAGUGCGCGUGCUUCGAAAGGCGUCACCAUGGCAACAGCUACCUGCUACCUGAGACGUUAUUCUGAGGUGUUUUACAUUUACACCGCUUUCUUUCUCGCCGCCAUUUUGUUACCGAGCUACUAAAGUGGUCUAAAAAACAACUCGCGUUUAGAAACCUACAGCAGCUGGUUGUUGUUUCUUUCUUUUGGGUUGUUGUUUUGUUUGUUUGUUUGUUUAUUUUUGUAGCCGCGUGUGGAGGUUUUUUUUUUUUUUUUCCUCCGACAGGUAAAUGAGGUGAAGCUGAAGGGACGAGUCUGAGGUGAACAACAAGAAUCUGUAUGCGCCUGUUUCCAGCCUUGACAACUACCAUGUGGGAUCGGGGAGGAAGCGUGUAAACACUGAAAUGAUCAUACGACACCUAUCUUAUCCCUGAUUGGUGGAAUUGACUUCACUCAUAAAACAUUUCACUG